GAUCACUCUCUCCUCUCUAGCUUCUCCGGUAGUUUUGCUGCUGUGCCAAAAAUUCAAGAGUCAUACUCUCAACUCAGUAAAUCUAAGUUUGCAAGUAUUAUUAAGCUGGACGAUGCAAUUGGUUUGUACCGUCACAUGGUUACAAUGAGACCUCGUCCUCCCAUCGUGAAAUUCAACCAACUCUUGAAUGAUGUUGUUACCACGAGGCUUUCUCUCUAUUUCAAGAUAUUUUUGCUUCUGGCCUUCUGAUAAAUGAGUUCACACUGAGCAUUGCUGCCAAUUCCCUUGCCCGUUUGCAUAGAGUAGAUUUUGCAUUUGCUGUUUUAGGAAUCCAUUUCAAGCUGGGUCUAGUACCUGAUGUGAUUUUGUUCAGCACCUUACUGAAAGGACUUUUUCUGCAACAUAGGGUUCAAGAUGCUGUUUGGUUGUUCCAGAAGGUAUUGAAUGAGAAAGUGUGUGAGGUAAAUGAAUUUACAUUAUCAAUACUGGUUGAUGGCAUGUGCAAGGCAGGACACACUGGUAAGGCUGUUAAGCUGCUUCACUUAUUUGACGAGAAGGGAAAUUGCAAGCCAAAUAUAUUUGCAUAUAACACCAUCAUUGACUCAUUGUGUAAGGAUAGAAUGGUGGACAAUGCUCUUGGCUUGUUACAGAAGAUGAUGGGAAAGGGAAUUCCUCCAGAUGUCGUGACAUAUAAUUCACUUAUUGAUGGGCUCUGCAAACUUAGUCUAUGGGAAGCGGUCAAAGAGAUGCUAAACAGAAUGAUGGAUUUCAGAAUUUCUCUGGAUGUCCAGACUUACAGCAUUCUAGUUGUUGGGUUUUGCAGGGAAGGGUGGGUCAUCAGUGCUGCAAAACUCAUAGAUAAAAUGCUUAUAGAAGGUCUGACUCCAGACACAGUCACAUACAAUGGUUUGAUGGAUGGAUAUUGCACACAGGGAAACAUUAACAGUGCUUUCAGACUCUUAAGGACCAUGAUAGAUAGUGGGUGUGACCUUGAUAUUUGGACUUUUAACAUUUUGAUAAAUGGAUGUUACAAGAGUGGGUUUUCAAAUAAGGCUGUACAAUUAUUUGGAAAUUUACAAAGUCAGGGUUUAAAACCCAUUGUUGUUACCUACAACAUUAUGUUGGUGUGUUUGUUUCAGGAGGGGAAAUGUGAGGAUGCCGAGAAGCUUUUUAAAGAGAUGGUGGGAAAUCGAGAAUAUCCAAAUCUCAUCACCUAUAAUAUUCUUCUAAAUGGCUUCUGUAAGAAUCAUCGUGUUGUUCAAGCACUUUCUUUAUUGAGGAUGAUGGCUAGGAGUCCUGUUCCAAAUAUAAUAAGCUACAGUAUUAUUAUAAAUGGACUAUGGAACGAUGGCAAGGCAUGGAGUGCAAUGGAACUAUUUAAUGCCCUUCCCUCUAAAGGACUUCUGCCAGAUAACUUUACUUACAAUACUAUGAUCAUUGGACUUUGCCGAGAAGGCUUGCUAGAUCAUGCUAGAGAUAUGCUCAUGAAAAUGGAGAAAAACGGUUAUGUUGCUAAUAGUGUGGUAUACAAUGUAUUCAUUCGUGGGUUACUGAAAAAGAGUGAGUAUAGUGAAGUUGUAUUACUUUUGGAAGAGAUGUCAAGACGUGGACUCUCACCUGAUAAUAGCACCUGUGAGAUUGUACUUAAGAUCAUCUUGCAAAAAGGAUCGGAUUCCGCUCUUCUUCAUAUGCUCCUGAAUACAAAGUGAAACUGUGAUAUUAUUAGUUCUUAAAAAUAGUUAUUCUAAUUUAACUUACUGUUAGCUAAAAACUAGUGGUGUUUGACAAAAUUUAUCAACAAAUAGGCACAUUUUUGGUGGGAUAUAGUUAUUACUAUUGGAUUGUAAUACAUGUGAGCGGUUAACUUAAUUACGUUGAAGUCAUAUGGCUUUCACAUUAGAAGUAAUUAUAAUGAAUAACUUGUUGUGGAGUUUGCUGUG